AUGGCAGCGGUACAAGGAGCUCCUGGAAAUAAGAAUUGGCCGGCGAGGCCGGGGAUUCAACACCAAAAUAGUCAAAAUCAACCUAAUUUAACGCUUAAUAGAACAAUUAACUUAUAUCCACUGACUAAUUAUACAUUCGGAACAAAAGAGCCAUUGUUUGAGAAAGAUGCGUCGGUGCCAGCUAGGUUUCAAAGGAUGAGAGAAGAAUUCACCAAAAUUGGCAUGAGGAGGUCUGUAGAAGGAGUCCUACUGGUCCACGAACAUGGUCUACCUCAUGUCUUACUGCUGCAACUCGGUACAGCAUUCUUUAAGCUGCCCGGAGGUGAACUGAAUCCUGGUGAGGAUGAGAUUGAGGGUCUCAAGAGGCUACUCACAGAAACUCUUGGCAGACAAGAUGGUGUUAAACAAGAGUGGGUCAUCGAAGACACCAUUGGUAAUUGGUGGCGACCAAAUUUCGAACCCCCCCAAUACCCUUACAUCCCGCCUCAUAUAACUAAGCCAAAGGAACAUAAGAGGCUAUUUCUAGUCCAGCUCCAAGACAGAGCUCUUUUUGCUGUACCCAAGAAUUAUAAGUUGGUUGCGGCGCCACUCUUUGAAUUGUACGACAACGCUCAGGGCUAUGGACCAAUAAUUUCUUCUUUGAGCCAGAGUUUGUGUCGAUUUAACUUUGUGUACAUGUGA